AUGUCCGGACAUGAACCGUCAGACAUCAACCAGGUCCCGGUCGAGGAUCUGACACCAGAGGAAGCUAGCCGCAUAAUUCACUCGCAUCGUAAAGUUCGAUAUGGAACCGCCUGUUGGCCAUGUCGCCAGCGGAAAGUGAAGUGUGACAACAAACAACCGUGCGAAAAUUGCGUCAAGAGGGAGCAUCCGCAACUAUGCUCUUAUAAGCCAAAUCGCACCAACACGGCGAAGCCAGGGUCUACUUCCACUGAAGCCUCCCUUGGGAAGAAACGCCCGCAUUCCCCCGAUGACAGUGUAGACCAUGAUCACGACCACCGCCAUGAUCAUGAGCACGGGAGCGAUCAUCAGUCCAACGGCUGGCCUCGUGCCUUGGAUUCGGCUGAGUCUGUUGAGAUUCCUCGCUACGUUGGGCAGAAUUCCAUCCCAGCUCUUCUGAGGGACCAACCCUCGCCUAUCGAUACCAAAGAUGGCAUCGACAUACGACGAGAUAUGCGUCCCAUCUGGGGCCUCGACAAUUCGGCACCAUUUCCCCUCAUGUCGUCUCACCAUCUGGAUAGACUGACACAGGAGAUCUCGGCCGAGCUGCCAUCGGACCGCGAGAUAAUCAAACUCUUCAAAUCGUACAAAGAGGUCCCUCACCCCUUCUGGGGCUUUGUCAUUGAUAUCGAUGACCUUGAAUCCCGACUCAUGAUCUAUCUAGAAGAACGGGCAAAAAGUGCCAAAGCGGCUGCUCCACAUGCCAGACCAACCAUUUCAGCAUCUUGGCUGGCCAUCCUCUUUUCCGUUCUUGCUGUUGGGUCACAAUACCAUGACUCCCCUUACCAUAUCAGGACCAGAGAUUCCCAGAAGUAUCUGCAGAUAUCGUUUCACUUCCUAAGGCUUGGCAACUUUCUCCUCCGACCCAACCUUGAUUCGAUUCAAGCGCUCCUCAUGACUAGCUUCGUGCUCUUGAAUGAUAUGAAGGCCGAAGCUUCGUGGGCACUGCUUGCCUUGACCUGUAGAUUGGCACAAUCUUUGGGCCUGCAUCGAACACCGCCUCAAGAUAGCCGGGAAAAUAGCUCGACCGACAUGUCCGUCAAGGAUUACGUGCGCAGAAAACUCUGGUGGACUUGCCAAUGGCACGACACACUAACGUCCUUAUCUUUUGACCGUCCAAACAUGACGAACAUCCAAUGCUGCCCGAUUCCAUUAUCGCCAAGCUCGACCGUGCAAGGAUUUUCUUAUCUGGAGGCCAUGUACCAUCUGUGCCAGAUCAUAUCAGAAAAGCUGAAUCCCGAUGCUACUGCGGCGUGUACCUACGACAGCAUCGUUGAAAACUGUCGGGAGGUCGAGUCUCUUCGGGAGAGGGUGUAUCCCCAGUUGCGAAGCAGGGAAGCCUUGAAGACCGCCGUGGAUCGGCUGCAGCACUAUGCGCUACGUCUUCACACUUCCUUCGUUGUAUCCGUCUGUUGUCGCCCAGCUCUACGAAGUGACUGCACGAGUUUGGAUACGGACGAAAAGAAGACAUUAGCCGAGAAGUGCAGAGUCAAUCUGACCGAGACAGUCAAGAUGUUCUUGUCUAUGCACAACAUCUCUGUCAUUCCCACGCGCAGCUGGGCUUUCACCUACCACGGGCUUUCCUCCGCAGUCUUGCUCGGUAUCUUGACUGAAACCAAAACAGACCCGGAAGUGCGCCGUUUACAAGGCGACCUCAUCUCCGCUCUCUCGGCCGCGGCAGCCAGAGACAGAUCGAGCCCCUCACCGGGUCACAUCCGGCGGAGUGAAAGGGACAUCGAACUAUCUGGCCCCCUCUCGAGAGCUUUAACGGCCCUGAAAAAUAUCUACGACUACGGCUCGUUGCAAGGCCUUUCCGGCCUCAAGAGCGAGGUGCCAUCCGGGUCCCGGACGCCCAACCCGCCCAUGCAGAACAUGCAGAACAUCAAUCCCCAGCUUCGUGUUCAACCGGGGCUGGACCCUCAUCAAGAUGCUGCUCUUGCUAUGGCGGAGCUGCAGAAUGGGGCUGGGGCUACUUUGCCUGACUUCGCGGCGACGAUACCGUACCCGCCUCAAAUGCAGCAGGGUGUCGGCGUCCCCGACAUGAGCCAAAUGGACCCGGCUACGUACAUGUCACCGAUGGAUCUGUAUGAUUCCAUCUUCUGGGAAUCGCCCGAUCCCUUUUAUACGGGCACGGACAUGAAUUUCGAUUUUAUGGCUCAACCUCCACCAGGCCAGCCUCCGCAACAGCAGUUCUACUUCUAG